AUGAUCCUACGCUCCGGUAGAUGGGACGACGACAGCUGGGGCACAAGGCCUCACGAUGGUCAGAAAGAAGGGGGAACAGGCGUUGAGCUUUGGGCAUGGGUAGAAGCAAGCUCAGAGGCAGAGUCAUUCGCAAGAUGGACAACCUUGAAUAAUGCCCUUUCAGGCUUAUUCUGUGCCUCAUUGAACUUCAUCGACUCUACGCGUACAACGCGACCGCGCAUGACCUUCGAGCCUGCUGGGUAUCACGUCGAUAAGCACCCAGAGAAUCUCUAUCUCUUACACGGCUCGCUUCCUCGCGAAGUUGUCUGUACGGAAAAUCUGACCCCUUUUUUGAAAUUGUUGCCCUGUAAAGGUAAUGCCGGAAUCGCCAGCCUCCUGGAUGGCCACAAGCUCUUUGACGCUUCGUGGCAAAGUAUGGCCAUUGAUUUUCGAUCGUUAUGCCUUGUGCCAGACACAGAUUGCACGGUUGAGAUGGAACAGACUGUGGACAUGGUCCUAGACACUGAGCGGUCGAAACGUCCAAAGGACAACCCGAUUCCACGACCCGUCCCGAAUGAGGGUCUUUUGUGUAACGCGUCCAAAAUCUAUGUACAAGAUGAUGCAUGUUUUCCGUCAGACGUCAAGCGUGGACAAUCGUGGACAGUCGCUGAGAUAUUCGGGCGCCCAAUCCAAGGCGCCUGUUUGGCGGACGAUGCGGCUGGCUUUCCGCGAGAAUCUGUCUGUCUUCAUGUUCCCGAUGAGCGCGAAGUUAUGGCACCUCCCAGCGCCAGGCUAGUCAACAAAACUAGUGAGAGAUGCUGGGCAGUCGACCCAUCAGAGCCAUUUGAGAUGGUUCUUUCUCAUCUUGGCCCACAGACGUUCAAUCCACACCAUCCACCACCGCUCUAUGCAUCUCGUCAAAUUGUUGGUCAUGGCCAGGAGCGCGGAGGCAUCCAGACACUACUCACGAAUCCCAGCACAGGGUCUGCCAUCGAAUUUGUCUACUUCGAAAGCUUACCAUGGUUCAUGAAGCCGUAUUUGCACACACUAGAAGCACGAGUCUCUACAUCAUCACAACCUGAUGCCACAAUUAUCAAAGAGACUGUAUAUAGGCCUGCACUUGACCGUGAGCGAGGGACUCAACUCGAGUUGGUCAUUUCAGUCCCCGCCAACUCGACUGUCGUCUUGACCUACGACUUUGACAAAGCCAUUCUCCGCUAUACGGAGUAUCCUCCUGAUGCAAAUAGGGGCUUUGAUGUAGCUCCCGCCAUCAUUCGCCUCCUUCCUUCGUCCGACUACAACAUAGCGCCAUCCUAUGUCCGAACAACAAGUCUUCUCUUACCACUGCCAACACCAGACUUCAGUAUGCCCUACAAUGUCAUUAUCCUGACGAGUACUGUAAUGGCAUUGGCUUUCGGGAGUAUUUUCAAUCUGCUCGUGCGGCGUUUCGUCGGCGCGGAUGAGAUCGAGGGCUAUGAUACGGACUCAUGGAAGGCCAAGCUGAAAGGGAGGAUGGCUCUCUUACAUAACAGAUUUAACGGGAAUGGAAGCGAGAAGAAGAAGCAAUGA